UCGUUCACCUUUUUUUUCGAAAAACGCCAGCUGGGUGUUUUCGAAAAACGACCGCAUCAACCUUCGCGAUCGAGAAGUGCGAUGGAGUCUUUGUUUGUGAAAAUACUUUUAAUUUUCGCUUUUUCCACCCAAAUUUGCUUCUCCAAGCCUGCCAGCUCGACGCUUGAUGAUCGUGAUGCCGUUGGUAAUCAUCCGUUCGAUCUGCUUAUCUUCACCCAACGGUGGCCAAUAACGGCUUGUUAUGAGUGGCGUGAGCACAACAAGGACCACAUCUGCGGGCUACCAUCGCCCAAUAUCGUCUGGACGAUCCAUGGCAUUUGGCCCACCAAGAUCAACACGAUCGGUCCGGCAUUCUGCAACAAAACGGCAGUUUUCGAUGUGAGUCAGCUGUCCUCGAUCGAGUCCCAGCUGGAAGAGCACUGGCUCAAUGUGGAAGCGAACAAACCGACCGAUUCGCUGUGGGAACACGAGUGGCUCAAGCACGGCACCUGUGCGGCGGAGAUGAUCGAACAGCUCAACACGGAACUGAAGUACUUUGGCCAGGGAUUGAGCUGGCUUGAAAAGUAUUCGGUGGGUUCUGGAUUCGCGGCCGGGGGUAACAUUCUACCCGGGUUCAACUACAGCUUGGCGACGCUCAAUAAGGCGCUGUUCGGUUACUAUGGCAAGGAUCUAGCAAUCGAGUGUUACCAUGACUCGAAAACGCAUCUACAAAUUUUGAACGAGAUUCGCAUUUGCUUCAACAAGCAGCUCGAGCUGACCGAUUGUGACGGAAUCGUUGGAUUGGAGCGACAAGGAACAAACAGUGGUGGCGGUGCCAUCAUUAGCAAUUGCAACGCAGCUCACCCGAUCCUCUACCCGGACGUCGUUCCCAAGGAGUACGCGAUGGAGCAUAAUGAAGUGCAGCCCAAAGCAACCUACUACUCGGUAGUAUAUGAAGUGUUUUCGCAAAGUAACGACGGUGAGGAAAGUGAAGGGCCUCAGGUGGACGAUGAAUUCGUUGAGGUGAUCCUCGUCUAAUCUAGAGGACUUUUGUAAGUACCACCGAAACUAGAAGCGCUAGUAACGUAUAAAUAAAGUACAAGCUACUUUCCGAGAAAAAGAGA